AUGCUUCAAGUUCUAGAUAUUGGUAACAACAAGACAAAGCACUAUUUUCCAAAGUUGAAAGUAUUUGACCUCUCAAACAACAAAUUUGGUGGUCCAUUGCCAGCCAACUAUUUCGAAAAUCUAAAUGCCAUGAAGGAUGUUGGAGAAGCAAAGAGAAAGUUGCAGUAUAUGCGUGAAAGUUAUUGUCAAGAUUCCAUUACAGUGACAAUGAAAGGGCUUCAGUUUGAACUAGUGAAAAUUAUCAGUACUUUCACUACAAUUGAUUUUUCAAAUAAUAACUUCCAUAGAGAGAUUCCAGAAGUAAUUGGAGAGCUUCAUUCCCUUCUACAUCUCAAUCUUUCUUUAAACAAAUUAAUAGGUUGUAUCCCACCGUCACUUGGAAAUUUGAAUGCUCUUGAAUCGUUAGACCUCUCUUCCAACAAGCUUGUUGGAAAAAUUCUAUGGCAGUUAGCAAAUUUAAAUUUUCUUGGAGUGCUAGACUUGUCUCAAAACCAACUCACGGGGCCCAUUCCACGAGCACCCCACUUUGAUACCUUUGGAAGUACUUCAUAUGUGGGAAACUUGGGAUUGUGUGGAUUUCCAUUGUCAAAAGAAUGCAAAAGUGAUGAGACACUACAACCACCUACAAAAUUAGAAGAUGAUGCAGAGUCUUCAAUUGGAUUCGGUUGGAAAGUGGUGUUGAUAGGCUAUGGAUGUGGAAUGGUUUUUGGAUUGAUCAUGGGAUAUCUUGUAUUUUCAACAGGAAAGCCUCAUUGGAUUGUAAGUAUAGUCGAGGGAGAACACCGUCAAAAGGGGAGAAGGUCGAACAAGAAAGGUGAGGGAAGAAGAGUGUAA